UGGACUCGCAGCAGCAUCACCGUUAGUUCACUGCGAUGUGAGUUACCGGGAAAGUUCACUCUGUGAGUUCAGACCGGGAUAGUUUUACCGGGCGUGUGUUCCCAGACUUCCAGAAGCAAUGGCAGCGUUUGGUGGAGCCGUGCCAUAAAGCUGAAGGAGAGUCCUCUUACCCAGCGCCUCCCUCAGAGACCCCAGGCCCCUCCACACUCAGGGAUACCAUGGGACCCGUUCACCUUCCCCCCUUCCUCUUCCUCCUCCUCUCCCUUCUUUUCCUGACCCACCCUUGCACCUCCUUCAGGCCGCAGUUUGUGGAGCGAGCGUCUGGCCCUGAGCAGCCUCAGUCCUCUGCUAACUCUACCGGUAAGAAGGCGUGUGCAGGGGUCGUAGUGUGUAAGCCGGGGAUCCUGCUGCCGGUGUGGCUUCCUCUCAACCCUCCAGUGGGGGAACAGGCGGGGAGAGCAGUUGUCUACUUCAUGUGUCUCAUGUACAUUUUCCUGGGUAUCUCCAUCAUCGCAGACCGCUUCAUGGCCUCCAUCGAAGUUAUCACCUCUCAGGAGAAAGAGGUGACCAUCACUAAUUCUAACGGAGAAAGGACGGUAACGACAGUGAGAGUGUGGAACGAGACUGUGUCCAACCUCACACUCAUGGCCCUGGGCUCCUCUGCACCCGAGAUCCUGCUUUCUGUUAUUGAGGUGUGUGGGCACAACUUUGAAGCAGGUGAGCUGGGCCCGAGCACCAUCGUAGGCAGCGCUGCGUUCAACAUGCUGGUGAUCAUCGGGCUGUGUGUGUCUGUAAUCCCCAACGAAGAGUCACGAAAAAUCAAACACCUCCGAGUGUUUUUUAUCACCGCUUUCUGGAGUAUCUUUGCCUACAUUUGGCUCUACCUCAUUCUGGCAGUCAUCUCACCUGGGAUUGUAGAGGUGUGGGAGGCUAUAGUGACGCUGCUUUAUUUUCCGGUGUGUGUGGUCUUGGCUUGGAUCGCUGACCGUCGCCUUCUCUUCUACAAGUACAUGCACAAGCGUUACCGUGCCGACAAGAGGCAUGGCAUCGUGGUGGAAAUGGAGGGUGACCUUGCCCCUAAAGGCAUCGACAUAAUCAUGGACGGAAAGUUGUCAGAUGGGGGUGCUUGCCCUGAAAACUCCUCCAGUGUGACAGUCUCUGUGCAGACCGGCAACGAACUGGACCAGAAAACCAACGACGAGGUGGUCCAGAUCCUAAAAGACCUGAAGGAGAAGCACCCAGACAAAGACCUGGACCAGCUGAUUGAGAUGGCUAACUACUCGACUCUGGUUCAGAAGAAGAAGAGCCGUGCUUUCUACCGCGUUCAGGCCACGCGCAUGAUGAUCGGCGCUGGAAACAUUUUGAAGAAACAUGCUGCUGAGCACACGCGUCGCUCUGGAGGUCUGGAUUCUGACAAGGCCACGUGCUCACACAUUUGUUUUGAGAGCGCUCAGUACCAGUGCACGGAGAACUGCGUCUCUAUGAGCGUCGGGGUGAUCCUCGAUGGGGGGACAGGCCAGGACACCUUUUAUGUGGACUACUGUACAGAAAACGGCUCUGCCAACGCUGGAGCUGACUAUGAAUUCACUAAAGGAACUCUGGUGUUUAAACCAGGGGAGACGCACAAAGAGAUUAAGGUGGGAAUCCUGGACGAUGACGUCUUUGAGGAGGAUGAGCACUUCUUUGUGCGUCUUCAGAACCUGAGGUUAGAAGAAGGUGGAAGUGAAGGGGCAGGAAGUCCACCAAAGGGGAGACUAGUGGAGCCGCUUGUUGCCACAAUCACAAUCCUGGACGAUGACCACGCUGGCAUCUUCACCUUUGGCCAGCAAGUGCUGCGGGUCAGUGAGAGCACGGGCACGCUGACGGUCACAGUGGUGAGGAACUCAGGCUCCAGGGGGACCGUCUCAGUACCAUAUCAUACAGAGGAUGGAAGUGCCAAGGCGGGGGUGGACUACGAGGACACCAGAGGAGAGCUGGAGUUCACUAAUGAACAGACCAGUCAGGUCUUAAAAGUGCGCAUAAUAAAUGUGGAGGAGUACGAGAAGCAGGAGAACUUCUUCAUCGUGCUCGAGGAUCCCAAAUGGCUGAAGCGAGGACUCUCUGCUCUGCUGCUAAACCAGGGUAACCCCACCCCUGAGGAAGAGGAUGCGCGAAGGAUCUCCGAGAUGGGAAAACCUAUUUUAGGAGAACACAGCAGACUGGAGGUCAUCAUAGAGGAGUCCUGUGAGUUCAAGAACACAGUCGACAAACUGCUGAAGGACACAAAUCUGGCUGAGGUGCUCGGCACUCACUCAUGGAGAGAGCAGUUCAUGGAAGCCCUCUCAGUCAGUUCAGGUGAUGGAGAUGAGGAGCAGCGGAUGCCGAACUGCUUCGACUAUUUCAUGCACAUAUUGUGCAUUUUCUGGAAGAUUCUGUUUGCUUUCGUCCCGCCAACAGAGUACUGGAACGGCUGGGCGUGCUUCAUAGUGUCGAUCUCUGUCAUCGGUAUCUUAACAGCCGUUAUCGGAGACCUGGCCUCUCAUUUCGGCUGCACUGUCGGCCUGAGAGACACCGUCACUGCUGUGGUCUUCGUGGCUCUGGGGACUUCACUUCCUGAUACCUUUGCAAGUAAAGUGGCUGCCACUCAGGACCAGUACGCAGAUGCAUGUAUAGGCAAUGUGACAGGAAGCAAUGCUGUGAAUGUGUUUCUGGGUAUCGGGUUGGCCUGGUCUGUGGCUGCUGUGUACUGGGAGGUCAAAGGUAAGGUCUUCCGUGUGGACCCCGGCUCGCUGGCCUUCUCCGUGACACUCUUCACCAUUUUUGCCUUUCUCUCUAUGGGAGUGUUGAUGCUGCGCCGGAGGCCGUCCAUAGGGGGCGAACUGGGAGGCCCGCGGAUCCCCAAGAUCCUCACCUCAUUGCUUUUCUUUGGACUCUGGUUCCUCUACAUCCUCUUCUCCAGCUUGGAGGCCUAUUGCCAUAUACAAGGCUUCUAAGAGAGCACCUCAGAGGAGAGAAACAACAAAAGCACAUUACCAGGACAUCCACCUGUAAAGUACUGCAACUACUAUCAACAACUGCUGCCAUGGUUCAUAAUAAAGUGUGUGUGUCACAACACUGCAGGACAGUUCUGAUCAGUAGAAAUAAAUUGUGACAGUACUGAUAACGUACAGUGACGUUUUUCAUAAAGGAAGGAAAACUGUCAUUUCUCUGUGAUGUUGCUGGAUUUUGCUCGAUACAGACUUGAAUACCUGCAGGCUCCUUACCUGGAUUUCAAGUUUGGUGUAGUUUCUCCUCGUGCUUAAAGAGGCUGAUUCCAAAGAGAUGGCCUAAUGUAGUGAUCAAAUAAGAAAAUAAUAAUGGGUGUUCUGAAGUUGUGACACAUAAAAAGCCCCUCUAGUAUCAGAAAAUAUGAAAUCAUUUAAAGUCUGUUGUUUUGUUUAUCAGAACAAAUCAAAUAAUCAUAAGGCCGGGAAAUGAAGCAAAAAAUAGAGUAUUUGAUACAGAUCAGUAUCAAUGAUCAUCUUUAUACAUUAUAAGAUCAAUUUGCCUGUUUGUAGAUCGUCCUCAUAAUGACAGAGGCCUGGAUAAAGUUUAUACACAAGUUGUUCAACAUUUUUUGUGCUUUUUAAAAGGUUAGGUUAGUAAAAUCGGUAAAAACACUGAUUGAAGCCGUUUCAUGUUUGACUUGGGCGUCUCUCUGACACUUGGAAACACUAAGCCAGUAGGGGCUUUGGGCUGAGCUACCUCUCAAAUUAGCUCAGCACGUUUUUAGGUCUUUAUUUCUUUAGUGUUAACUGGCUCCUUCUCUUCAAGACAAACAAAGUUAAACCAGUAAAAACAGCUCACCGGGCACAGGAUGUAAGGAGGGGGCUAAAUGUCUGUAUAGUUGACACAUUGUUUCCAAUUUAGGUCAAUAAUUUCCUCCUUUUCAGAGGAUAAUGGGAGUUAACUAUCGACAUUGCCACUAGGUUUACAGCUCGAACAGUGUUUGCAGGCGUGAUUUCUAGCAUGCGCUUCAUGGUCAAGCAAAAUACAGCAGACUAACACUUCCUGUUGCGUGAUAGGCUGUCUGGUUCAUCUGGUGACAUAUGACCAAAGUUAAUCUGCUUUAUUCCCAUUCAUUUUACUGCAAUCCUCUUUCAUGAUUGCUUUAUGGCACAGCUGUGGCGUAUGAUCGUAGUGGCCACUUGUCAAAAGAGGAAUCCGCACUCAAAUGGGCUUUUUUAAAGUUUGUUUUCAGAAAGCAUUAACCUGUGAUAUGGUCUGUUAUACAAGAGGUGUUAUAAGCACGAAAGAAGAACAGUUACCACAGUUUUCUGUGCACAGAUUUAGAUACUGUAACUGUAAAUGUUUGAGUUGCAAGCCAAUCAGAAGCAAGUAUUUCCCCAGUUUAAUUUAAUCAAAAGUCUGAAAGCGAAGCGGCAGUUUUGUGAAAUCUCUCUCAGAUAAAGGGUUUUAAGCACUGUUUUGUUUCUUUUGAUGCACCUACUGAAUUUGAUCUCUCUAUAAUAAUUGGUAAAAGUAAUGAUCAGAAAUGCACUACAUGGACCCACAAUGUUGAAAUAUAUCAUUCAUAAACAAUUAAAGAGCAAUGAUUUUUGAUGAUUGAAUAAAGACAUUACAUUAUAAUUGUACCUAGUAUCUGCCAGUGAGUGUGGCUUUUUGAAAGGGAUUUAUUCACCUCUGAAGUCUUAUCUGUUUAUUUAUCAAUGGUGUAAUGAAAUGUAUUUGCAAUGUCAUGUAUUUGAUCUAAUAUGAAGAGAAAGAGAUUGUAAUUUAUUGUACGUUGUCAUAAUUACAUUGAAAUUUUAAGUGA